AUGGUGUUUUUGCUCUUGACUGUUCAGAGUGUUGUCACUGUUGCGUUUUUGCAAGUGUUCAAAUUCCUCAAUUUGAUCAAGUUUCGCGAAUUCAAUGUGGAUGAGGCCAAGAAAUGGUUUCCCAUCACGAUCUUUUUGGUGGCUAUGAUUUACACCGGUUCCAAGGCUCUGCAGUUCUUGCCCAUCCCUGUGUAUACGAUCUUCAAGAAUCUGACCAUUAUUUUGAUUGCAUAUGGAGAAGUUAUCUGGUUUGGUGGAAACGUCACCGGCAUGAUGAUGACCUCGUUUAUUUUGAUGACGUUCUCUUCGGUUAUUGCAGGUUGGAGUGAUGUGUCUGAUGCCAUUUCAUCAAUGUCCAACAUGUAUUAUACCCAGAGAACCCCCGGUGUACCUCUUGUAGGCUACUUUUGGAUGCUUUUCAACUGCUUCUCAUCAGCCUCUUUUGUUUUGUACAUGCGCAAGCGAAUCAAGUUGACGAAUUUCAAGGAUUUUGAUACUGUCUAUUACAACAACUUGCUUUCCAUUCCACUAUUGUUGCUGCCUAGUUUGGCUCUUGAAGAUUGGUCUGUCAGUAACUUUGAAGUGAAUUUCCCCGUGGAACAACGACAAGCGCGCGUUUGGGCAAUGGUAUUUUCUGGAGCAUCCGCUUUUGGAAUGUCUUAUGCGUCCGCAUGGUGUGUCAGAACCACCUCGUCGACGACAUACUCCAUGGUCGGCUCACUAAACAAGCUCCCAAUUGCUAUCUCUGGAAUCGUUUUCUUUGGUGACCCAGCUACAUUUGCCAAUGUGUCGGCUAUUAUGAUUGGCUUCACUGCUGGCCUUGUUUAUUCGUAUGCCAAGGCUUUUCCUAGUAAAUCGGAUCCCAAGGUGUCUUCAGCAUCCAGCCAAAGUUAUUCAGAUGCUACAAAGUAUGACGAAAAGAAGGACAGCUUGUAA